AAACAUUUUCAGCCAUAACAACACCAACAUGGAAGGAGAAAAGACAAGGAAAUGGGCACCAGCAAGGUGGCAGUGGGAGUCCUCCGCAUAACCAUGCCCGGACUAUUUUCUUUGCAGCGCGGCGGAGGAAGACGCGCGUCUGACUAAAAAAAAAAAAACAACAUUUUUUUUUCUCCUCCCCUAAAUCCUGCCUCCCUGCGAUGGCAACAACGACGCGCUACUGUUUAUGUUUAGUUCUUUUUCUAUAUGGUGGCUUUACAAGUGGACAGAUUCACUACUCCAUUCCGGAGGAGCUGGAGAACGGCGCAUUGGUGGGUGACAUUGCCCGGGAUUUGGGUCUAGACCUAAGGAAACUUAUCACCCGACGUAUCCGGGUGACGCCUGAGAGCGAACGGAGGUAUUUCACAGUCAAUCACAAAACCGGGAAGCUGGUGGUGAGUGACCGUCUCGACCGAGAGAGCCUGUGUGAAGUGAGUGGCACAUGUUCACGUAACUUGGAGAUACUUUUGGACCACCCCUUGGAGGUGCACAAUGUGGAGGUGGAGAUUCUGGAUGUGAAUGAUAACGCACCAAGGUUCCCCCAGGAGGAGUAUUUAGUAGAAGUGUCCGAAUCUGCCCUCACCGGGUCAAAGUUCCAUGUAGAAGCAGCCCAGGAUCCAGAUGAUGGCUCCAACUCCGUGAAGCAGUACCGCCUAAGCCCAAACCAACAUUUAACUCUGGACGCUGUAAAGCCUUUCUCCAAAAACAAACAAAUUGAGCUCAUCCUCAAAAAGCCCUUUGACCGUGAACAGACAUCAUCUCAUCAGCUCAUCCUGACAGCAGUAGAUGGAGGCACCCCACAGAGAAGUGGCACGGCCAAAAUCAACGUACGCAUCCUUGAUGCAAACGACAACGUGCCUGCCUUUGACAGCUCGGUAUAUAAAGUAAAAGUGUAUGAAAACUCUCCGAAGGGUACCCUUCUGAUUCAAUUAAACGCCACCGACCCUGACGAGGGCUCCAACGCGGACGUUUUUUACUCAUUCAGCAGUUACACUCCAGAAAGAGUCAGACAGAUGUUUUCCUUGGACACAAACACAGGGAAGGUAACUGUGAAAAAAAACAUAGACUAUGAGGAAACCAGCGCGUAUGAAAUGUACAUCCAGGCGAUGGACAAGGGGCCAGCCGCUGUGGCAGUGCACUGUAAAGUCGUGGUAGAAGUUUUGGAUGUGAAUGACAACACCCCAGAGAUUGUACUGUCGUCCCUCUCCAGUCCUGUACGUGAAGAUGCCCGUGCAGACACUGUUGUCGCUCUCAUCAGUGUGAACGACAAAGAUUCUGGACCCAACAAGCAAGUCACCCUAGACAUCAUGCCUCACUCACCUUUUAAAAUCAAGUCCUUCCGCAACCACUACACAGUGGUCACUUCAGCGUUCCUGGAUAGGGAAACCAUCACAUCCUACAACGUCACGGUCAACGCCCUCGAUGGAGGUACCCCGUCCCUGUCAUCUCAAAUGACCUUUAAAGUUGACGUUGCGGAUGUGAACGAUAACCCCCCUCGAUUUGAACAGACUUCAUACACUGUUUACGUUACAGAGAACAACGAGCCUGGUUUGCCGCUAUGUGUUGUUAAGGCCACGGACGCAGAUUCAGGGGAAAACGCACGUAUUAAAUACACUGUUCUCAAUGACAACAAUCAUGGUAUCCCUGUGGCCAGCUAUGUCAGCAUCAAACCUGACACAGGUGAGGCCUACGCUCUGAGAAUCUAUGACUUUGAGAAGCUGAGAGAGUUUCACUUUCAGAUUAAAGCACAAGACAAUGGCAUACCCCCACUAAGCCGCAUAGCCACGGUGUAUGUUUACAUUAUGGAUCAGAAUGACCACGUGCCAAGGAUAGUGUAUCCGCUGUCCAAUGGGAGUCACACCACAGAGACGCUGCUGAAAAACUCUCAGGCGGGAGUUUUGGUAACAAAGGUGGUGGCGUGGGAUGGGGAUGCGGGGCAGAAUGCUUGGCUGCUUUACACCCUCCAGCCCACCGACCUGGAGCCUGACCUCUUUAAGGUGCACGAGCACACCGGCGAGAUCCGCACCACAAGGCGUGUCGUCGAGGACAACUCCACGUCCUUUGCUCUGACUAUUCUUGUGAGAGACAAUGGCCUGCCACCUCUCUCUUCCACCGCAACUGUCCAUGUGCACGUGAUGGAGCUCCUGCCUAAGUUGACCCCUGACCCCAAGCGCAUCAUCAGGGCUGACAGUCCUUUGAUGUUUUCCCGCGUCACUCUCCACCUCAUCAUCGCCCUGUGUGCCACCACCUUUGUAUUCUUGGUCACGGUCUUUGUGCUGGCCAUCGUGCGUUGUCAUGCCUACUGCACCCAGCCCGGUUCCUGCUGCCCUUGUUGUGUAUCCAAGAAAAGCAUACCCGAGAGCACCAGUGCAUCGGGUGGGAGUGGCGGUGCAGGGCGACCCACAGGUGGAGCCCAGGCAAACGUUAACGUGGCCCUGCGCCGCGACCUUAAAGUCGAACCACAUUACAUAGAAGUGCGUGGUAAUGGCUCCAUGACCAAAACAUACUGUUAUAAAACAUGUCUCACGGCGACAUCGGGAAGUGACACGUUUAUGUUCUACAAUACUGGACGACCCCACAGUGGCACCUGGGGCUCGAGCUAUGUCACCAGCCACAGUGGACACAGCCAGAUAGUUGUUCGCCGCCUCAGUAUGCCAGAUGCGGCUGCCAUUCAGCCCAAGUUACCAAAUUCAGACUGGAGAUAUUCGGCCUCCCUGAGAGCAGGUGGUGUGAUGCAGAGCUCAGUGCAUAUGGAGGAAUCAUCAGUGAUGCAAGGAGCCCAGGGGGUUCUGGUCCAGAACUGGCCCACAGCAUCCAGCGCUGCUGAUGCUGAAGGAGGAGAGGUGUCACCCCCAAUGGGCGCCGGAGUCGACAGCAACAGCUGGCACUUUCGCUACGGCCCAGGAGGCCCAGGUGCACCCCCACAGCACCUCAAGCCUGGCGAGGUUCCCCCCGAGGCGUUCAUCAUCCCCGGGUCCCCAGCCAUAAUAUCCAUCAGACAGAACCAGGGAGGGGAGGACGACAAGAGCGACUUUAUCACCUUCGGCAAGAAAGAGGAGGCCAAGAAGAAGAAAAAGAAGAAGAAGGACAAAAAAGACAAGAAGGAUAAGGGCAAGGAUGACGACGAGUAAAGAGGAAGAAAGUGAAAAUUGGCAAAUAGUGGAAAAAAAAAAGGGCGUUGCUAAAACAGAGGUACCAACCAAAGUCCAAUGAUCAAAAGAAAAUGUGAAUAUGGACUUCUGCAAUCCUGUUUUAUUUGUUUUUAACCCGGCCUUACCAAGGUUACAUUUACCUCUCGUCCACGACUGAGGUAAAUUAUUGAUCUUGCCUUGAUAAACAAUAAGAUGAUUGAUUUUGAGCCACGCCCCCAUGUGCCUAUACACCCUAAGUCAACCACACGUGCUUAGAAAACAACAGCUCCUGAUUAUUAUUUUCUUUUUGCCUCCCGGGCGUGUUGGCACCUCUGUAUUACCCCCUCCCCCCGAUGACGAUGAACCAUUCUCUGUGAGAGAAGACAAAAGAACAAGACGAAAAAGCUCUGUGCCAGCCAAGGAAAAGAAGAGAGAUGAAGACGUGGUAUACGUGCAUUCUAGAGCUGGACACACUCACACACUACUUGUAAAUAGCACUGGGGAGAGUCACUGAAACUAAGGCUAACACACACACACACACACACACACACACACACACACACACACAACACUGCUGCAGAGUCCUACCAAUCCUGCAAUCUGGAUGAAUCCACACGCACGCAUGCUCACACUAGCAAACACAGACCUUGCCAUGUGGGACACUGAACACACUUGAGACCUGGAGAGAAAAAUACAAUACAAAAAGAAGAGGAAAACAAAAAAAAUGUGCUGAUUUGACACUGCAAGCUUUUUGUCACCUAUGGGGUGCACGUCAACUCUCAGGAUCGAAGGAGCAUCCCUUUGCCGUCACUCUGUACUCGCGCACUGCUUUUUAAAGGACUGAGGGUGCUACCCCUCCAGCCGGAAGCCAGAUGCAGAGAGCACCGGGUCAUUGGAGGGACGGGAAGAUCGACGAGAGGAAGAAGUCAUUGGACUCUGAAGACAACAAGCAGAAUAUUAUUCGCAGAAGCUUGAGAUUUUGAUAACACCCUCUCGUACCCCCCCCCCCCCCACCAAUGCUGCAGCAAAAGCUGAGCGCUUUCUGCUUUGAAUGUUUGGUAGCAACCAGCCCAUACCUGAUACCUUUUAUGUUCCACCCGCUUGUGCUCCCCGUCCAAUCAGAACCCUACCCGCCCACUGACGGCCUCAUCGUGCCGUGAUGAAGUUAACCUGCUUUCCUUAAUUCUCUAAAGAGAUUCACAGUACAGGUUUUGGCAUUUGUACAUUUCCCCCUGAUUCUUGCAUGUCCACCAUCAUAGCCCCGCACACCCCCCCGCCCGCCCAGGAUCCACCCUGGGUACAAGGCCUGUUUUGAACAUUGUGGUGUGCUGACACCAGCAUGGAGUAAUGUGGACCAGGCCCCGUCCGGAGCGCGGGAGGAGGAGCAGCGUACACCUCGAACUCUUGUCUCGAAAACUGCAAAACGGUUCAGCGCUUUUAACUUGUGAACACAACACUAGGCUGUUCACUUCCUGUUUGUCCGCCGCCGCUACAGUGAGAGGGGGUUUGACGCAAAUCGCGGGGUCGAAGGACCGGGCAAGGCGCGAGGAGGCGGGUGCCGUGGGCUGGCCCUCUGCCCUCAACUUUGCAAGAGAGGGAAAUUGAUUGUUCGGAUCCAGCUUUUAUGUAUGCUAUAAAUGUAUCGUAGAUAGAUUGUCUCAAUAUUAAACCGACCUGUUCAAAAUUCAAUAUGGCAUCUGCAGGGAUUUCCUGUCGACAUCUAAAGCCCCCCCCAAAUCCUCUCUCACUAGGCAAUGAGGGUGAGACAUGCUUCUGUUACCCCCCUGCCUGUAACAUGUCCCCCAAAGUUGUGCGGCUCAGUAUGAUGUCACUCCAUUAAGUGGCUGCUGCAUGUACUGCUCUAAGGAAACACAUACUAUAUAGAGAAAUAUAUAUAUAAAUAGAUUGCUAUGAUUUCAUUAUUUUUUUGGUAUUAUCAUUUUGGUUCUUCAUUACUCACACGGGGAAUAUUUGUACGUACUUCUCUUGUCCACGCCAAAACAUCGAUGUAUUCAAUUCCUCACGCUCCGCAGAUGUUGUACGGCAUCCACUAAACCUCUUUCGAUAUUUGUAAUGCUAUAGUGUGAUACCUUUUUAAUGCAACCUUUUUUCUUUUUCUCCAAACGUAUCAUUUAUGCUUUUAAAAACAAGCAACAAAAAAACAAGAAAAAAAAACAAAAACAAAAACUUGUGUCCGGCUUUGACAUGAUGUCCUAACUAACACUGUAAUAUUGUAACUGAAUUAUGUAUGAUCCUAUGAUGAGCUAUCACUUCCUUUUCAUUCUUCCGGAAAAACUAAAAAAACAAAAACAAAAAAAAAAUACAGUGUGAAUAAAGUAUAUGUAGUGUAUGCUUGUAUUUUGUGAGCUUUCAUGCUGUCAUUCUUUCCCAAUGUAUGGUGGUGAACUAUGGUGGCAAUGUGCGGUUCAUAUGCGGACCGGCCCAGAUCUGUUUUAACCCCCCCCCCACCCCCCCGUCCCACCCUUAUUUUUUUGUACACCCGCUCAUCAACUGUGACCGUGAAUAGUGAAUUUAAUUUACAUCCAUUCCCUUUCUGCCUUUGAUUCGACCUAAAUGGAAACAGUGGUAAUGUGUUUUGUUUAUAAAUCACAAAUAAAGUUUUCUUUCUUAAAAAUGA